CUAAAGGCCUUAUUCUCGCCGCCCCAAUAUAGUCCUGUUUGCGCGUCCCAUCACCCUCACGUCAAGUGAUUGGUCUCUAGCCGGUUCGACCGAAGCCAUGUACUCGCUGCUAUGCCGCUUGCCACAACGAGAAGCUGUCCGAGGGGCGGAUGGACAUUGGUAGCACAAUUGGAGGUAGAUGCCUCUGGCCCCACUAACUUGUCUUACACGCCGCAGCUGCACUCUGUCAUAUUCUACUGUCUGAUUCCCUUUAUUAUUUCCAUCUUUCGUUAUGACCAGCACCGCAACCCAGUCCUCGCCACUCUUGCGAACAAGAUUCCCUAGCAGUACUGCCAGCGUUGCGACACCGAGGUCCGAACAUCGGAUCCACCCCCCGCAAACACCAUGAGUGCAAGAACGUUGACAAACGUUGUGAACGACCAAACGGUUGCCCUAAAUGCUAUGAUAUAUGGAUAUGCGGGACACUCAUUGGUUACCCCUCAUGCUGCCUUACAACAAAUAUGGUGGACUGAUGAAAGGAUCAAUGAGAAAGUCACACAAGACUUCGUCACCUCGCGGCUGCAACCCCAGGAAAGAGAGCGCCUUACACAAUCCGUGGGCUUUGGCGAUCUUAGCGACGACACAUACAUCGAAUGGAUACUGGAGAAGGCAAGGAGAUUGUUUCUGGUGCUCGCUGAGAUUGGCGAGGCAGACAGGGUCUUUGCGGUUGUCGAUCGUUCGUGGGAUGAUGAUGACCUUCCGCUCCAGAUGGAGGAUAUCGAGCAACUCUCGCUUUCAAACAGACGCGACAACUACGCAAACACCCGUUUCUAUCAUACGCAAUUUUCCUUUCUACUUCGCGAGCUCCAAGACGGCGUACACAUAGACUACGCACCAAAUGAAGAAGUACCGCUGGAGUUUGUUAUGGGUCUUCCCCCUGCGGUCAGCCUCCAGAAUUGGUCCCGUGUCCAUCUACCCAAGAAACCAAAAGAAACAUAUGUACGGAGGAAAUUCGCAUUAGGAGAUGCUGAAUCGCCAGACGCUCUCGAGCCGGAAUUCAUGAUGGACAUAGAGAGUGCAAAGACGGUUGAGCAUGAACAUUUUGCCCGUAUUUGGGCCUCGUACACUGCGAAAGGUGCUGGCUAUGUUGUGACCAACUUUGUUGGACAACACACCCUCCGAACCUUCAUCGAUCAUCGAAAUCCCACCCAGUAUCAGAAGCUGUCCAAACCUGACAGAAGAUGGCUGGUUCUGAAUUGGCUUCACUGUCUAGCUGACGCAAUCACAACCCUGCACCAGAACGGGUUUUGUCAUUCUGCGAUACGGCCAUCCAACAUACUCAUCGAUGAGCGUAAUGAGAUCGCGUUCAGCGAUAUCGGCAGCUUGGAAACGUUCCAGAGGGACAAGAGACCGGAUCCCAUGGACGUUUACGUUUACAGCGCACCCGAAGCCAACGUCGUUCAAGGGGCUUUGGACCUUAGUUCGGCUUGCCCCGCACCCACAAUCCCAAGCACUCGACACGUCUCAAUCAUAAGCAAAAGCUCAUCUGGCUCUUCGAAUUCCAAUAGCAGUGGCUCGUACCGUCAAAAGCUGACAAAAUCCCCUACAAGCGAUUUGUCAGGGUUCAACUUCGGUUUCAAGAGGACUAAGCCAACACCGAAACCGCGUUCGCGCAUACACGAGACGGAAAAGGCAGACGUUUUCUCCCUGGGUUGUGUCUUUCUUGAGAUCCUUACCUUCAUGCUGAAGAAGAAGCCGAAUGACUUUGUCAAAUACCGAUCAUCGAAACAGAAAGUCAACACUGGCGGCAAGAACUUCCGAUCAGAUUCAUCGUAUCAUGCAAACCUCGAUAAGAUAUCCACAUGGAUAGACGUCUUGGAAAAGGCUUCGUGUGAACACGACGAUGAGGCCUUUCGCGCGGUGCCUUAUAUUCUAAGUCUGAUUCGAAUCAUGCUCAGCAGAGCACCUGAUGUUCGGCCUUCAGCACAAAAUGUGCGCGACAAGCUGUUUGAUAUCCUUCGCGACCACACAUCGAGAGAGGAUAUUCACUGUGGCGCGCACAAGCACGAUGGCGCAACGAAUUCGUCAAACUCGGGAUCUGACAGAGCAUCGAGUAUAGCCUCUCUCCGAACCAUGUCGACGAUGAGCUCGAACUCCGAUACUGACACGAUUCGACUGUCCACCUCGUACAAUACCCGUAUAGGCUCCGUUUUCAACCCUCACACAGACCGCCUGACCUUGUCUGGCAUUUCGGAGGAUGAUGGUGCUUCGGUGUGCACGGUGGAUUGGUCCAUACCGUCGGACGUGAACAACUCAUACGAGCAGCCGAGGAGGGCUCCUCCCACUCCGAUCUCUCCUAUUUCUCCGACAACGCGAUCUCCCACAUUUCCCACAUCGGCGGAACAACCCCCUAGCCCUUCGAGAUUGCGGUCGAACUCCGCCAAACUGAAAACCUGGAAAAGCAAAUCCUUCUUUACGAUGCCUUGAGACGGGUGUCAAGCCUGGAUUAGCUGUUGAGAAUUUAGAGCAAGCAUGUCGUGACAUGUACCCACCCGCUUCUAGGCGCGAUCAUGAGUGUUUUAGAUAGCCCGAUGUCCUCGCGACAUGCGGUUGGCGUUGCGCAGAGUUGUAGUUUUGGUGUCACCUCGAGAGGAGAGAUAGACUGGUAGCGUUGGACACGUGGACAUGCGAAUGAUGGUCUAGGCAAGACGGAAGAUUACAGAGUUGAGAUGUGGACAGCAGAACGGUGCUCUGCACCACAGCGUACGAGUCGUGUUGUUGAGUUGUUAUACCCCAGCGAAGAUGCGUUUGUUUGUACGACACUGAAGGCUCGGCGAGAAUGGAAUAUAUGUAAUGACGAUCGAUACUGGCGAGAGGGUGUUGUAAUAUGCACAAAGCCUGUC